CAAACAAACAAACAAAAAAGAGUCGAAGCUUUAAAACGAGAGACAGAAAUGGCGACGUCGGGAACAUACGUGACGGAGGUUCCAUUGAAAGGGACGGUGGAGAAACACUAUAAGAAUUGGAGGAGCGAGAACCAUGCCAUUUCGGAAGCCAUCGGUCACCACGUCCAAAAUGUCACCAUUCACGAAGGUGAAUGGGACUCUCACGGGGCCAUCAAGACUUGGGACUACACACGCGGUGAUGGGAAGCCGGAGGUGUUCAAGGAAAGGAGAGAGAUAGACGAUGAGAAGAAAUCAGUGACAUUUAGAGGACUUGAAGGUCACAUGAUGGAACAACUCAAGGUGUAUGACGUCAUCUUUGAAUUUAUUCCGAAGUUGAAGGAUGGCUGCGUCUGCAAAAUCACUAUGAUAUGGGAGAAGCGUAACGAUGAGUUCCCCGAACCAAGCAGCUACAUGAAACUCGUCAAGAGCAUGGUUGCUGACAUGGACGACCACGUUCUCAAAGCUUAA